CUGUCAAAGUCAACCUCAAAGACAUAAAUAUAGACCUAAAAAUUCUCUAAAUUCGAAAAACGAAACAAGGAAAAUAGGCCUUCCUAUGUUUUUAAAGUGAUAAACAUAAAAAUUACUUACUUUCACAAAGUUCCGACCAAUCCGUCCAUCCUGUCAUAGCGUUAGUCCGUCCGAGUGCCACACAAAAUACACAAAGCGAUGAGGUGAGCCGAAAAUUGCGCAGAUAAUAAGUGCCCAUGAGCGCCGCUCACUCAAUUUUGAUUGCAGAGGAACCCGAAUCAAAUAACUGUAAAUAUGACGCGCCCGGGACCGCCGAGCGAAAAUCUUCCCACAGUGAAACUGGUAGUGGUGGGGGAUGGCGGCGUGGGCAAGAGCGCCAUCACCAUACAGUUCUUCCAGAAGCUGUUUGUGACCGACUAUGACCCCACCAUUGAGGACUCUUACAUACAGCAUACAGAGGUGGACGGACAAUGGUGCAUACUGGAUGUGCUGGACACGGCGGGGCAGGAGGAGUUCAGCGCGAUGCGCGAGCAGUACAUGCGCAAGGGGGAUGGAUUCCUGUUGGUGUACUCCGUCACCGACAAGCAGAGCUUCCAGAACAUUCGCCACUUCCACACGCAGAUCUUGCGCGUCAAAGAUAGGGAAACAUACCCCAUGCUGGUGGCAGCCAAUAAGGUGGAUCUGGUGCACUUGCGGGUGGUGAGCGAGGACGCGGGCCGCGAGCUAGCUAGACAGCUGAAUGCUCCAUACAUUGAAACCAGCGCUAAGGAGCCACCUCUCAACAUCGACGCGGCCUUCCACGAGCUGGUGCGCAUCAUCCGCAACCACCCGCAGCAGGAGGAGAAGCAGCGGCGACGGAGGAAGUUCUUCUCCAAGUGCACCCUGCUCUGAGCCGCGCCGCACACACCGCCUGCACCCUGCUCUGAGCCGCGCCACACACACCACCUGCAAUGCACAUGUGACGCCCGAUCUUAUGUUGUCCUAUUUCAACGAACACCGUUUGUCUUUGUUUGUGUGAGUGCACUCGUACACAUUGUUAUAGUGUGCGUGGAAGUGUCGACCGCUUUUUUUCGACUCGGAAAGUGAUGAUGUGGCACAAGAUGGGAUGCGUUUACCUAGAAGAUGCCUAUUCACUCUUUGUUUUAAAGAUUGUUGGAAAACACAGAUCGCGGAACAGUAUUCCAAACCUUAGCCAUGCCUAUGAGGAAUGAUGACGCAAAACGUUUAGUGCGUGUCGAUGGAAUGUGGACGACAUAAGGGUGGAAACUCGCCCGACGUCUUGCAGUUCGGUGGUAGACUGAUGAAUGCGGUACACUCACUCCUACAAUCAAUUGAGCGGUUAUCGUGAAAUAGAACAGCUAUACCACAUAUACGAGACGAGAACAGGCAUACUUUUCAAUAUACAAAACUACAAGCAACGAUGAAACCCAUAAACGCGGUCGAUACGCAUUCGUACAGCACUAAAACUAUGACAGUGUGCGGGGCGUCCCCCCUGCACGACUCACCUUAUACCUCGAUUGCCAUCUCGACAUGUCGCCUGCUAGAAUUGAUCUCAAGAAGAAAAAAUAUAUUGAAUACCCCUAAAUAUUUAUGAAAAUGAAAUCUUUAAAUAUACUUUCUGCGGAAUAGAAGAAACGUGACUAAAAUUACUUAAAUAUACUCAUCUAUAAGCCAAAUGUAAACCAAAGAUGAAACUAACGGUAUUGACUAGUCUGUAGGCUUAAUACGAGUUUGCAUAUCUCGACAACGUUUAUAGUUUGAACACUGAAACACUGUAACGUCAAAGUAAAAGUGAAGAUCACUUUUACUUCGACUUUAUUUAAAGCUUAAAAUUCGUCUAAACAUGAACAGCCAGCGCAUCAAUCAGCGCAGCGAACAAACAGCAACAACACCAUAAAUACGGCAGAAUUGAACGUAUACCUAAGUAUUUUUACGAUACUUUAAAAAAAAUAUAUAGUGUUAUAGUGUUUCGAUACUCGAAAUCUAUCAACGUUGGCGAGAUGUGCAUACUUGUACUAAGGGUGCUGAUUAAAUAUUGACUCGACUAUAAUAACAAGCCUUAAAAAGAUAACCAAAUAACAUAAUAAGUCUAAACCAAAUAAAUAUAAGGUAAUAAUAAUUAAGACCAACAAUAAGUUGUUCAAAUUCGAUAACAAGUAAAAAACUUACGGCCUUACCACAACAAUCAUAAACAAGCAUUGUUGUGUUGUUAUUGAACGCGUGUUUACUUCAAAUCUGAUAGAUUUUCCAUACAGAAACUGUCAAAACGUCAGUUUGAGUUUAAUCAUUAGUUUAACAUUUUGUUUUACUUUUUGUGGUAAAACUCUUAAGUUUUCCACUAUAGGAUGUUUAGUUCAAGUUUGCACAUCUCGAUCACCAUGAUAGAUUUCGAGAGUCGAAAUGCAAUGUCAAUCUUAAUGUAUCUAAUGUCUUAAACUUAGCAAAAGGAAAAUCAGUUCUGAGCUUUAGGUGCUUUUUUAAUGUUUUGCUUUUGAUACUCGAAAUCUAUUAACGUUUUCGAGCUGAAUUAACUUGCACUAAGUGUAUGACUAUUGGAUACGUUGCACAAAUACCAUGAUUUUAUACUGUUUUCAUAUUUUUUUUUUCGAAAACUACUUUUUACUAAGUUUUCUGAGAUUUAAUGGUGUUUAAAAAUGUAGCCGUUAUUACUGUAAUGCUUGUAACGUUUGAACUUAUCGUCUUAGGCCCGGUCUCCACCUAAGCGAAGCGGAGCGGAGAGAUGUGUUCAAUCAACCAAUCAGUUUGUCAAACGAUGAUGUCAGAUGUGAUAAUUUUUUAAAAAUGAAUAACUAAUCAGUCGGAAAAGUUAAAAAAAAAGUACCUCUAAUUUUUUUUUGUUUGAUGCUGUUGUUUAUUUUCAUUAAUGCAAUGUCAUUGUUUAUUACAUUACAAUAUAACAUUAUUGAAAAAAAAUAUGUUUUUCUGGCGCUACAAAAAUAAAUAUAUUAUGUUAUAAGUUUUUAUAGAGCUUUUGUAUUAUUUAUUUAUGAAUGUAUUAAGUUUUUUAGAUAAGUUAUUUUUAAAGUAUAAGAGAGCACAAUAAAAAUGUGUAUAAAUACAUAUAUCGCUGUAUGUUUUAUGUAUUAUGAUAAAACGGCCGGUUCACAUUGAUCCAGUCGGUGGACCCAGUAAGCUAUUGUAAAGUGCUUUACUGCAGUACAGUAAUUGCUAUAAUGUGUACCGGCCGAAGCAGUGUCUAUGAAUAUUAUUUAAAUUAUUAUUUAAAGCUGUUGCAUACAAUACUUUUAGCUGCUAAAAUUACAAAACAGGUACAGUACAGGUUAAUUAGUAUGAGCUGGCACGUUCAAUCACUUCUCUUUAAUCCAAUUUUUCAGAAAAUAUUGUAUCCUAAUCUCAAAAUAGACACUCAUUGGACUAACUAAAUUCAGGGGCCCUUCCGUCACUUACCCCAUACAAUCGUAGUUCUGUUCUCAUUUGAAUAUUAAGCAACCCAACUCAAUGAAAUUUUGUAGAUAUAUUCUAGAAACUAAUAUUACGCUGUAUUUUUAUUUUAGUAGUAAAAACAAAACAAUAUCUUUCUCUGUCACGCUCAUUAGGAGCGUGCGAGGGAGACAGAGAGGUUUUUCAUGAUACUGGCGCCUUCAUAGAUACUUCACAAGCGCAAUGUGUGAAUGUGUUGUACGUGCCAGCUCUUGUUAAGACGGCUGUAAUAAUGAUUGUUGAUGUUUUUGUGUAAUCUGUGCUAGCGACAGACUUGAUGCGACCGAUACGAUGUCGCCAUGUAACAGGAACAGUUAGUACUAUCACCUGCCCAGUGCCCAUACACGAUCAAGUUUACCGGCCCUCGACCAGCGUCCAGUAAAUUUGAUGGUGUAUGGCUAUCAGUACGCUUAAUAUAAGAUUUUACACUAACGUUGAUAGUAUUUGAGAGACGAUGCACUUUAGCGUUAAACUAAAAUGGCCCUUAACCACCUUCUUUUAAUGCUUAAUUUUGUACAAUUUUAAGCCAGCGUUCCAAGCGGAAAGUUUGCGAAAUUGAAAUCAACGGUACUAAAUUUUUGACUUUAAAUCAAGUGUAGUUAGGGACAUUUUACUUUGACAUUAUUUUGGUUUGACUGUCGAAUACUAUCAAAAUUGGUGAGAAGUAAAAUUUCAUACUUAGCACACUUGACUGGUACUUUAACUUGACGGUAAACUUGAUCGAGUAUUGCCAACGUGGCUUUUCGCACUUUGGAUGCGUUUUCGUUCAAAUGGGUGUACGUCGUAAGUACGACUAACUCGCACCCAGUCUGCGCGUUCAGUGGUUUAUGAUUUCUAAAUCUCUGGUCUGGUUUAAUGGAAGGCUUCGGCCGUGGCUAGUUAUCACCCUACCGGCCAAGCUGUGCCGCCAAAUUUUACUAUAUAUAUCACUAUGUAUCGGCAGUUCGUUAUAGUUUUGUUUAACUUUAUCUUGGUCAGGUCAUCGGUCCAACGUGUACGUGUGCUCAUGCGAGUCAAAUUCGUACGAAAACGCAACCAAAGUGCGACUAGUCCAAAGAAUCCCGUACACUCGCCUAACGCUUUAGGCAUACAUACGUUUGCCGAAAUAUUGGUCGGCUGAAUGCGUUAGCCCAAUGUGUACUGGAGCCAUAAUAAAUCAAGCAACGCGUAAACCCCAUGUAGCCAUAUAAGAUUGAUGUAUAAAUGUUAUAAUAUGUAACUAAAUGUAACUAUGUAAUUAAAUGUUAACUUUAUA